AAUCCCACCACAACCGACUCCUUCAAUGAACCGCACCACCCAAUAACCCUCAUUCCAACAUCUUCGUCUCAUCAUCAAACCAAACACGACCAUUCAUCCCAAUUGACCCCCUCUAUCAACAAUGGUCUCCACGCGCCACCACCCAAACGACUUCCCACCACCCCCAACAUCCACGACGCCGACGACGCCGACCACCCCAUCCCCAAGCAGCAACAACAACAAUACCACGACCACAACCAAAAAAUGGGUCCACACACCCUCCACAGCAAUAACCUUGUGGCUCUUCUUCUCCACGCCCGUCGUCCUCUGGGACGCAAGCUACGUGCUCCUCCGGCCGCACUCGAUGCCGGGCCACGCGCUGCACUCGCCGCUCUGGACGCCCUACGCGCUGUACGGCACAAUCGACUACAUGUACGGCUGGCCGGCGUUCAACGCGCGCAACGGCUUCACCGCCGCGCAGACCGUGCUCAACCUGUUCGAGUGCGCCGGCUACCUCUACUACUUGGCGGUGGUCUACACGCACGGCACCACCCAGACGGCGGCCACCGGGCGCGGCGGCCAACGUAACCAUCCCGGAAACAAGGGCGUGAAGUGGCUCCUGACCGAGCCGAAGGUGGUGGCGGGCCGGACGGGCGCGCUGGCCUUGUUGGUCGCGUACAGCGCUUCGGUCAUGACGUUGGGGAAGACGGUGCUCUAUUGGCUUAACGAGGUAUUCUCCGGGUUUGAUAAUGUCGGACACAAUGAUUUCUGGACGUUGCUUUUCUACUGGAUAAUUCCCAAUGGUCUGUGGAUCAUUUUCCCCGGCUAUAAUAUGUAUAUUCUCGGGGCGGAGAUCGUUGCCGCGCUGGAGACCGCCGUUCCGCGGCAGAGGGUUGGGCGGCCGAAGUCGUCGUGAUUCUGACUCUGAUUCUGCCCAGAUCGUCUGUGGUGGGGAAGAGGAAUGGGAUGGUCUAUCAGGGAUUAAUAUUCUAGUCAGACUACAUGGCGAAGGGACGGCGAUGGGAGUGGCGUUGGUGGACUUAAUAGAUAGAGUAAGCAACCUCGAUGGUCCAUGC